AUGAGUCUGGACAAUGCAAGUGUUCCGGAGGUCUUCAUUCUCUUGGGUUUCUCUAACCACCCUUGGUUGGAAAUGCCCCUGUUCAUUAUGGUGCUUAUUGCAUAUAUCUGUACAUUGGUGGGCAACAUCUCAAUUAUUGUGGUAUCCAGAGUAGACCCUCAUCUUGACAGUCCUAUGUACUUCUUCCUUUCCAAUCUCUCCUUCUUGGACCUGUGUUUUACCACAACCACCAUCCCUCAGCUGCUGUUUAACCUUUGGGGCCCAGAUAAAUCUAUCAGCUAUGGGGGAUGUGUGACCCAGUUUUAUAUGUUUCACUUCUUGGGAGCCACUGAGUGCAUCCUGUUGGCAGUGAUGUCCUUGGAUCGUUACAUUGCCAUCUGCAAGCCUUUGCGGUACCCAGCUAUCAUGCAUCAGCGACUCUGCAUCCUCCUAGUGGCCCUGGCAUGGAUAAGUGGAUUGGCUAACUCCCUGCUUCAGUCGACUCUCACUGUCCAGCUGCCACUUUGUGGUAACAACAAGGUAGAUAAUUUUCUCUGUGAGGUCCCAGUGAUGAUCAAGAUGUCAUGUGCUGACACUACAUUCAAUGUAGCUAUGCUCUCCAUUGUGGGGACGUUCUAUUCCCUGGUUCCCUUGUCACUUAUCCUUGUCUCCUAUGGGUUCAUUGUAGCUACUGUGCUUAGGAUUCGGUCUUCAGAGGGGAAGAAGAAAGCCUUUAAUACAUGUGGUUCUCAUGUUAUUGUUGUAUCUCUUUUCUAUGGGCCAGUAAUUAUCAUGUAUGUACAACCCUCUGCUACUAACUCUCAGGACAAGAACAAACUCAUGUCCUUGUUCUACAGUUUGGUGACUCCUAUGCUUAACCCUUUUAUCUAUACUUUGAGGAACAAGGACAUGAAAGGAGCAAUGAGGAGGCUUCUUGGCUCGUGUCAUCAAAGAACAGAACAAACCUAA